AUGUCACCUUUUGCUUUUUUCGUCAUCACAUUUUCUACUCCUUAUCUUAACUCUCGUUCAUAUGGCCAUGGCCAUCUUGCUUUCGUACCUGAUUAA